GAGACCAGUAUCAAAGCCUCCCUCGUUUGUCUAUGAUACUUCUUCCGACGCAGUGGAUGUUGAGAAAUUUCUGGAGGGUGAAGCGAGGGCACUCUUAAUAGAAGCUACGCUCCAAUCGCUUUUACGUCGUCCUACAUUUACUACAUCUAUCGAUCCAACUCGCCAGAGAUCUGGUCUACCUGAACGAGACAGAUUUAAGAAAUCUCAGGAUCAAGCUAUAUCAACUUCCUUUCCUUCAUUGCCCCCUCCGCACGGGAUUGAUCCCCUCUUCGCGGGGCCUUCUGGCAGUCAAGUCCCCACAAAUGCGGCGUCGACCAUUGUGCAUUCGUUUGAUAAGACGAGAGCGGCGUCAAUGCCGUCCGCAAUCCCUGGUAGGUCGACUUCCAGGGACAUGACGGCCAUUGACCCAUAUCCUGGUUCAAAUCGCACCUAUUCCGCUCCUAAUCAUUUUCCUCAUACCUCGCUCGAUCCGCCAGGAUCCGCAACGCCCCAAGGCCCAAACUCUAGCAACAGAGGGCGCCGAGCUCCUCGCAUGUCGUCGCACAUACCACCCCCACCAGCUAUUGACCAAUCACUUGAACGCAAUCUUGAUUCUGCGACUGGUGUGGGUGUCGCUCUUGAAGAUAUGCUGGAGGUGUCAAGCAGCCGGGACGUUGCUUUGCCAUUCGAGCCAAUAAUCGUUCCCAAAAAUACCUACACCAUCUGGCUAGUGUUGGACACGCGCGAGAUAAGGGGCAGGCUUUACAACCGAGACUACAUCAGAGCAGAGAUUGAGAAACGUGGCGUUUGUGUCGAGCAAAGAGCACUGGAACUUGGAGACGUCUGCUGGAUCGCCAAGAGGAACGGCUUGGAUGGGCCUAAUAAUGAAGUAGUGCUUGAUUUCAUUCUUGAGAGGAAAAGGGCCAAGGAUCUCGUGGGCAGUAUUAAAGAUGGCAGGUUUCAUGAGCAGAAGUUUCGAUUGAAGGAAUCCGGUAUUGGACACAUCUAUUACCUUGUCGAACAAUAUCGAGAGAAUGUGGAAGAUACCGUUAUGGAUAAGGCAAUAUUUACGGCACUAUCCUCCACCCAGAUCAUAGAUGGGUUCUUUGUGAAAGAAACGAGAGAUUUAUCAGACACAAUUGAGUACCUAGUGGGCCUGCACGAAACAAUUCUC